AUGGCGCAACGCGGUGCAAGAAUGACCGAGUUCGAGGAGCGCGACUAUUACCCGCCUCCUCGCCGUUCUGCCCCCGAGUUCGACGACAUGGAGUAUCGCAUGUCACGCGUCGCUACAAGAAGCCCGCCUCCUCGUUCCCGCUCGCGCGUGGCCGUGAGGGACGAAGAGAUAGACGUCCGCGUACGUGAGAGAGACACAAACCGCACCCCAGCUUUCCUCCGCGAGGACGCUCGCCGCACCGAGGCCGGUCCCAUGGUGCUCCGCCAGCGAGACGUCGAGACUGUGGAUAGGCACCGCCGAAGCCCCAGUCCCGUGCGUUACCGAGAGGAGAGACUCGUCCGUCGCCCCAAGAGCGUCUCGCCGCCACCCAUGCGCGAGGAGCAUGAGCAUCUGCGGUUCGUCGAAAGAGAACGGGUCAGGAGCCCUUCCGUCGUACGCCGCAGAUCUCCCUCCCCUAUACCCGUCAGAUUCGUCGAGCGGCCCCGUCGCUCACCUUCUCCCCCAGCUCGUGAGCAUAUCCAUACGAGGAUAGUGGAACGAGAGCGAGAGCGCAUGCCGUCCCCGUCUCCGUCACCACCUCCUCCGCCGCCCGUCAUUCGGGGGCCGACGGUUGAGCGGGAAGUCAUUACGCACUACACAGAUAUUGACCACGGAGUCUUGCGAGCAAAACGGCCGAGCCCACCACCACCACCACCGCCGGCGCCCCGAUCGCGUCCGAGGGAGCGCGAGACGGACAUCGACAUCUCGCUGUCCAAGAACCGCACCGAGGUGGACAUUCAUCGCUCCAGCAGCCGGGCUCGCUCAAGGAGCCGAGAACGUCGGUCGCAUUACCACGACGAUGACCUCGACGUCGUCGUCCGUCGGGACGACCAUCUCCGCGUUGAUGAGCGCUCCAAGCGGCACCGCCGGGCGCACUCGGCUGCGCCGCUCGGGUCGCCCGUGGACGAAGAAUCCGAUUACAUCACCGGUAAAAUGGACGCUCGUGGCCGCAUGGGCGAGGCCCGGGGCGGUGCAACCAAGGACUGGACCAUCGUAGACGUGCCGCCCGGCACCGAGCGAGUUCGCAUGGACGGCAUCGGGGGAGCCAGCACAGACACCACCUGGUCACGAUACAGCGGAGUGCGACGUACGCAGUUCAUUCCCGAAAGAGACGGGGCUGUUGUCCCGCGAGCGCCGUCUCCGUCUCCCGGCCCGACGCGGGGCCGCACCAGCGUAGCCGUUGAUUUCAACAAGACUACGGAAAUCGACGUCGAUAUUGACCGCCGAAUCACCAAGAGGCCUGGCCCUCCGCCUCCUCCACCACCAAAGGAGAUGUGGACGGAAAUUACCAAGGACCUUGUCGUGCGCGAGGCCAUCGAGCAGAUGGGCUACGAGUAUGAAGAAACCAAGUGGUUCUUCUACAUUAUGGAUUAUUUGCGAUAUGACGACGUGUUGCAGCUCACCGAGCUAUCGGAGCGCAUCCGCUGCGCUCGCAAGACACAUGAGAUCAGGUGGGAGCGAGAUUACUACGACGAAUGGGAUCACCCGUACCGCCGCCAUCACCACGAAAACCACCAUCACCACCGGCACCGAGGAUGGGAUGACGAGAGGGUGCGGGAGCGGGAGGUGAUCUAUGAUAGUCGCAGGCCCGCGAGGCUCAAGGAGCCGUGGAAAAAAUACAAGAGAUUCCAGCCACUGCACCUGCCCGACCGGCAAUGGCCCAACAAGACGGUCGACAAGGCCCCGCGCUGGUUGGCCACGGACCUUCGCGAUGGCAACCAGAGUCUGGUUGACCCCAUGAACGGCGAGGAGAAGUGGCGCUACUUCAAGAUGCUCGUCGACCUCGGCUACAAGGAAAUCGAGGUCUCGUUCCCCUCUGCUUCGGAUACCGACUUCGACUUUACGCGUCGUCUGAUCGAGACGCCCGGCACAGUUCCCGACGACGUCUGGCUGCAGGUUCUGUCGCCUUGCCGAGAAGACCUCAUCAAGCGCACCGUCCAGUCCCUGAAGGGCGCCAAGAAGGCCCUCGUCCACAUCUACCUCGCCACCAGCGAGUGCUUCCGCCGCGUCGUCUUCAGCAAGAACAAGGAGGACACCUUGGCCACGGCUGUCCGCUGCACCAAGCUGGUGCGUGCCCUGACCAAGGAUGACCCCUCGCAGUCGGGCACGGAGUGGGCGUUCGAGUUCAGUCCCGAGACCUUCUCCGACACGGAGCCCGAGUUCGUCAUCGAGGUUUGCGAGGCCGUCAAGGCUGCCUGGGAGCCUUCGGUCGAGAACCCCAUCAUCUUCAAUCUGCCCGCCACAGUCGAGAUGUCUACGCCCAACGUCUACGCAGACCAGAUCGAAUACUUCUGCCGCAACGUCACCGAGCGCGAGAAGAUCUGCGUCUCUCUGCAUCCGCACAACGACAGAGGCUGCGCCGUCGCGGCCGCCGAGUUGGCCCAGAUGGCCGGUGCAGACAGAGUCGAGGGCUGCCUGUUCGGCAACGGCGAGCGCACCGGCAACGUCGACCUGGUGACCCUGGGCUUGAACCUCUACACCCAGGGCAUCCACCCCAAUAUUGACUUCUCAGACCUCGGCAGCAUCAUCGAGACGGUCGAAAUGUGCAACAAGAUCCCCGUCCACGAGCGUGCCCCGUACGGCGGCUCCCUGGUGGUGUGCGCCUUCAGCGGCUCGCACCAGGAUGCCAUCAAGAAGGGGUUCCAGCUGCGCGAGAAGGACAACCUGGGCUACGAGGACCGGUGGCAGAUUCCGUACCUGCCCCUGGACCCGCAAGAUAUCGGCAGAACAUACGAGGCAGUCAUCAGAGUCAACUCGCAGAGUGGCAAGGGUGGCGCUGCCUGGAUCAUCUUGCGCCAGCUCCAGCUCGACCUGCCCCGCGGUCUCCAGGUUGCCUUCUCCAAGGUCGUGCAGAGGAAGGCCGACGCCCUCGGCCGCGAGCUGCGGCCGCAAGAGAUUACGGAGCUCUUCGAGCAGACGUACUUCCUAAACUCAAACCCGCGGUUCGGCAUCGUCGACUACAGCAUCAUGCCCGACCGCACCACGUCGCCUGCUCCUCCGGCACCGGGCAAGACUCAGGACACUAAGGAUCUUAAGCGAGUGUUUGACGGUGUCAUUGUCUGCGAUGGCAAGGAGUACAAGCUGCGCGGCCGCGGAAACGGCCCCAUCUCCAGCUUGGCCAACGCCCUCCGGAGCGUCGGCGUCAACUUGGACGUUCAGGACUAUAAGGAGCAUGCCAUCGGCAAGGGCCGAGACGUCAAGGCUGCAACAUAUAUCGAGUGUACGGCCGCGGGCAGCAACACCAAGGUCUGGGGCGUCGGCAUCCACGAGGACGUGGUGCAGAGUUCGUUGAUUGCUCUCCUGAGCGCGGCCAGCAACUUUGCCUCCAGCCGCCCAGGCAGCCCCUUUGUUGCCCGGCCCGUCAGCCAGGGCGCCGAGGUGACGGAGCUGGAACUGAACGGCAACGCCGACGGUCCGUCCAGCGUCGUGAGCGCGCUGGAAGCCAAGGCGAACGCCAUGUGA